AUGCCUGUAAACAGUACAAAGAUUCUGGCGGGCCUCUGGUUUCUAUGUUCUUAUGCACGAGUUGCAGCUUUGUCGAACAGUUUCACUGCUUUACCUGGAGAUCUUUGGCUCUCUCCACCAUCCACAGAGCCAGCCAUAAACAAUCCUUUUGUCGCAUCAGGACCUACUUAUAACGUUUCCUCGAAUCAAGUUGUCCGUGUAGAGUCGACUACUGGCCUCAACUCCCAUUGGGUCGGACAUUGGAUCACAACCACUGAUCAUCUUCAUUUCUUCCUAAUCACGUUCACUAAUGUCGUGGGCGGUGGUGGUGCCAAUGGCUGUCUCGUUUACUCGUUGGAGACGGGCAGUUCCAGCUCGUCCUUCAUAACGGACACUCCAACUACAAUUGGCCAGGACCGCCUCAAGAUCCAAUUUGGCAAUCAGUACGAGCUGCAAAGUUUGACGGACGAUAACAUUUCUGCCAUCAACGUCGUCGCAAAUUAUACCGAAAACAACUUUAGCCUCAACACAACAUUUCAACCGCGGGGCUCUCUUUUGUUCAAUGGUGGCAGCGGAAGCUUCUUCUGGGGCUCAGACUUCAAUCAAGGAUGGGCCAGUCCAGCUUAUACCUCGGGAGUAUUCACUCUCAACGGAACAACCCAUACCAUUGACUCAAAACGCUCAACAACAUGGUAUGAUCGCCAAUGGGGUGAUACAACUCCAACACAAGGCUGGCACUGGUUCCCGAUUCAGCUCGACAACGGAAUUCGCAUCUCCACAUGGAUUGUUCCAGCCGAUAAAGGCUCAGCUAUCGAGGCAUUCGCCACAGCUCUGUAUCCAAAUGGCCGGCAAGAAGUGGUUAGCGUGAGCCCUGAUAUGAAACCGAGCAAUCCUUGGGUUUCUUCCAAGACGAAUCGCACCUGGUUCGGGUCUUUCGAGGUCUCAUUUCUAGACGAAUACAAUAGUGUGAUCAAGGCUACAUCACCAAAUGUUACCAUUCGUCACUUUGGAGAGGCUAGCUUUGGGGCUGGGUUUGCGUUUUGUGACUCUUUUACACUCUACUCUGGCACUUGGAAGGGGGAAAAGGUCAGCGGCUGGGGAAUUGUAGAGCAAUGGCCAGCAACUUGA